AUGUUGCUGCUCCUUGAAACCCCGGCAGGGUACGCCCUCUUCAGCGUGAUGAACAAAAAGCUGCUGAAGGCGGAUGCGGAUACGAUCUAUGAUUCGUUUAAGACGAGUGCGGAUGCGCAGCGGCAGGUGGGGCUCACGGCCUUUCACAAGUUUGAAGACACCAAGGCCGCCAUGGAGGCAUGCACGGAGCUCACGGAGGGUGCCGUGGGGAAGAGCCUCAAGAAGUUCCUGAAGAAGAACAUCGUGGAUGCUGGGCUCAGCGACAGCCUGGCGGUGCUCGACAAGCAGCUGGGAAUUAACAUCACCAAAAAGCUGGGCGUCGAGGUCUCCGUGCUGAGCGAGAACUUGAAGGAGAUCAUGCGCGGCGUGCGCCUGCACUUGACUGAAUUGAUUGAAGGACUCGACGAGUCGGAGGUGAAGUCGAUGUCGCUGGGCUUGGCACACACACUGUCUCGCUUCAAGCUCAAGUUUUCCCCAGACAAGGUGGACACGAUGAUUAUCCAGGCAGUGGGACUCCUGGACGACCUGGACAAAGAGCUCAACAACUUCGCCAUGCGACUGCGCGAGUGGUACGGCUGGCACUUCCCCGAGAUGGGGAAGAUCGUCACCGAGAACCUCGCCUACGCCAAGGUGGUCCGACUCAUGGGCCUCAAGACCAAGGCGAAGGACACGGACUUCUCUGAGGUGGGUGUGCCCGAUGAGAUCGCUGCGGAGGUGAAGUCUGCCGCAGAGACCUCCAUGGGCACUGAGAUCACGGAAGAGGAUUUGGGCAACAUCAAGACCUUGAGCGAGCGCGUGAUUGAGCUCACGGAGUACAGGGCCUCCCUCUCCGAGUAUUUGAAGCUCCGGAUGAACGCCAUCGCGCCGAACCUCACCUACAUGGUGGGCGAGCUGGUGGGGGCAAGGCUCAUCUCCCAAGCGGGGUCCCUGAUGAGCCUGGCCAAGCAUCCCUCGAGCACGGUGCAGAUCCUGGGCGCUGAGAAGGCGCUCUUCAGAGCAAUGAAGACCAAGAAGCAAACGCCGAAGUACGGCCUCAUCUACCAUGCCGCUUUGGUGGGUCAGUCGGCGCCGGCGCUGAAGGCCCUUUGA